AAUUAUAGAAGAAUAUGUUAAAAAUGAGGCUGAUAUAGCUAAAUUAAAAACAGGUUCGCAAUAUCCAAUCCUUUUUGAGCGUAUUAAGACUACAAUUCUUGAGCUUGAGACAAGGAAUGCAAAAUUAAAACCAAUUAUAGAGGAAUUUACAAAGAAAUCAGAAUCUAGCCACCUUGUGACUGGCAAGAAAAAUCGCAAAUUUCAGACUAAAUGCAUUCAAAUAGCCGAGGAAAUUCCUAACGAGGAACCAAUAAUUGAGUAUCGCCCUCCCUUCUUGAAUGGAUUGGAAUUUGAUGCCUUCUUUCAAAAAUAUCGAAUCGCAUUGGAGGUACAAGGAAGUCAGCACCGAUUUCACAACACUGGUUGGUAUAAGGAUGUUAAAAAAUUCGAAGAUAUUGUUAAUCGUGAUCGUUUAAAAAGAUGCAUGUGUCAAGAUAACAGAAUUUUUCUUCUUGAGGUAUGGUAUAACGAAAAACCUAAAAUUGUCAUCCCUCAAAGAAUACAAAAAAUUAAAAGUUUCGUUAAUCAAGCUUCUAAAAUUUUUGAUCUAUAA